CGAAGUUGGCGUUAUUGGUAUUGAGAAACAGCCCUCCUUAUUAUGCAUCCUCGAAAAACUGGGCGGAUCAAGAUCACAUCCGGGGAUGUUAUGCGAACUUGGCUUGAUGUGAACUUGGAUUUGGAACAGUACUUUGGGCGCGACUAAAAAAAAUAAAGUACUGCAGCCUACAGACAAGAACACAUAUUGAGAAACGACCUCUUGUUAACAAUCCACAGCGGAUAUCUCUCCGUGUACCUGAUAUUUGAUCUUAAAGGAAAGUUCAAAGUAUGGAGUGAAGGUGACAUCUUUCUGUUCGAGAGUGGAGCUCCAGCUCAUGGACUGCAGCCAGCAACAUCUCGCCAUUUCACAGAUACAAAUAUUUUCAUUCUUUAACAAUGGAAGCAUGUCAUUAUUUAGCUUCCUUCAUACUUCUUAUCUUCAUCCCAGGGUUCAGUACUGAAGACACUGUGUUUGUGGAGACAGGAGCUUCUCUUGAACUGAAUAUACAGAGAGAUAAACUACCUGAUCAGUUUGAGGAGAUAUUCUGGCAGAAUGAAAAAUCAGACACUAUAGUGAAAUAUUAUAUUCAAUUUAAAGCAGUUAAAGUUUACCAUGACUACGAGGACAGAGUGGAUUUUAAUACUGAAAGUUUCUCUCUUACACUGAAGAACAUGAAGAAGACAGACAGUGGAGUUUAUACAGCUAAAACAACUGGAAAAAUAAAUAGAGAUGUUGCUGAACACAGAGUCUCUGUUAUAGAUCCAGUGAAGACUCCUGAGCUGACUGUCAUCUCUUACCCGAGCAGUGACUCCUGUACUGUAAACUUCACAUGUAGAGCUCAUGACCUUACACUUCACUCCACUUAUAAUAAUGACAGCUGCUCUCCAGAGGAAGUGACAUCACAUGAGAAGUUCACUCUCAUCCUGAUCUGUAGUAAUGAAACCAUCAUCUGUAACCAUAGCAACCCUGUCAGCUGGGAAACAGACAUGAUAGACAUUACACAGCUUUGUAAAGUUCAUCCAGAGAAUCUACAUCAACCAAACAAUUUCAUUACUCCCAUCUGGAUGGUGGUCUGUAUAGUGGUGGUGUUGGUGGUGGCAGUGGUGGUGGGGUUUGUGUUUUUGUCCCGCUGCAGGAAGAGACACUUUAAGGCACAAGAUGCAACAGGAGAAACCAGCACGAUCUUCAUCCAACCGUGAGAUCAAACUGAAACAACAGCUGGCUUUUAUGGAGAUUAUACAGCAGUUGUUCAGUUGCAAAAAUAUAACAUUUAACCUUUAAAAACAAAGAAUAUACAGAAAUGUACAUAUAUUUCAUUCAUUGAUGGUUUUGCUCUUGAACAAGAAUCUAGUACAUUUCAAGUUAAGUUGAUACAAAAUGUUAAAUGCAGAAAACACAUCUUUUAGCAGCACAUGCUUACUCCAUAAAUCUCUUUACAAUUUAUUUAGCAUCAAGUAUUCAGUUAGUAAUUAUUCUCUAAACAAUUAGUAUAAAAAACUUGCACCUUUAUGUCUUACACCACGCCGUCUCUUAUUUAAUCCUUCUACCAUAAAGGACUUUACUGAAAAAUCAUUCUGCCAGCAGCAUGGUAUUUCUGAAUGGUUUGAGGCCGGGAUUAAGCAGAUUUGAGGUGAAAGUAUUUGACUAACAUAUAAUAUGUGCUGACUGAGAGCAUUCUGUCAAUAUCAUUAUUUCAUUUUUGAUGGAGGUGGAAUUUAGUGGCUUUUGCAUCUGAGCUCUUUAUAUUUUGUCUGACUGUGCUGAACUGUAAUCUGUGUUAAUUAUUAACAUAUUGUUUUGUGUUAUUCUAAACAUUGUGUCAUUUUAAAACAUUAUGGGGCAGUUUCCAGCACAGGGUUUAAUACAGGCCUUAGUUAUAGUUAUAUUUAAGUAGUUUUUACAAACAAACCUUACAAAAAACAAUACUGGUGUGCAUCUUGAGACAAAAUAAUAAUAAUGGCGCUUUUCCAUUGCAUAGAACCCAUGGUUUGGUUUAGUUUGGGUCGGGUCAGCCUACUUUUGGGAGCUUUGAACAGAACAGAAACUGUCAUAUGAGACAGAGGAAGUGAUAAACGCGAUGUGCAAACAGAGAAAUAUGUAUGUGAAUGUACAACAACGCUCUCACUUGUAUGAUGUCACAGCAGUAGGCAGCGCAAAUAUAACGACACGCCUAUAAUCCCUCCCACUCUGAAGUAUUACUAAACUCGAAUUGAUGGAAAAGCUAACCCCGCCAAAGUGAGGUGAGCUGACCCGACCGGACCCAAACCAAACCGUGGGGUACUGUGCAAUGGAAAAGUGCCAUAACAGUGAUGUAUGUUAAGAUAUGUCAGUGCAAGAUGUUUUUAAAUGAAGGCAGCUCAAACAUACAUUUUAGUCUGGGACUAGUCUUAAACCCUGACUGGGAACCUGCACCAUUAUGUCAAAAUGUUGUAUCCAAUUUUGUUGAUUUGCAAUCUUAAAUAAUACUUUCAAAAUCAAUUGUUUGAGAAAUUACUUGAGAAAAUCAUAUAGCAUUUGGUGUGUUAUCCUGAAACAUGUUUUUUCUUAAUUGCGAGGUUUGAAUUUUCUAUUGCUAUGAAAUUUCUGCAUUGAUAAAUUCCUAGGACCCCCAUGAAAAUGAGAUGUUGGAUCUCAUGGGGUUGAUCCUCUAAUAAAUGUUAAUAAAUAAAUAAAUAAAAUAAAAAAUCCCUGUUGCUCUUUCUAUUUUUUGAUGAAGAAAAGAUUAGUUUAUUUGGAAAAAUAAAAAUAUUUGUUAUAAACAAACGUCCCAUUUUUUAAACUGGUUUAGGAAUGGGAUCAGUUGGUUUAAUCAAUUAUUUAAUCAAGAUGUUUACUUACCAAGAAUCUCUCUCUUGUUUUAAUAUUUCUGUUACUCCAAAACAUUAUGCCAUUGUAUUUGAUGCUAUGCCUAGUGGUGUCAUUAUGUUAUUUAUGGGCAACAACCAUAUUUUAAAUAAUAAUAAAAAUAUUAAUUUUCUUUUUUCUGUUGA